AUGGGCCAACGACCCGAUAUACCUGGAGGACAGAAGGACAAUAGAAGCCUGGACACAGGUGUAGGAUCUCCACAUCAAACCAGAUCAGCCAUCAACAGCCAACCAUCAACAGCCAGCCAUCAACAGCCAGCCAUCAACAGCCAGCCAUCAACAGCCAACCAUCAACAGCCAACCAUCAACAGCCAACCAUCAACAGCCAGCCAUCAACAGCCAACCAUCAACAGCCAACCAUCAACAGCCAACCAUCAACAGCCAACCAUCAACAGCCAACCAUCAACAGCCAACCAUCAACAGCCAACCAUCAACAGCCAGCCAUCAACAGCCAACCAUCAACAGCCAACCAUCAACAGCCAACCAUCAACAGCCAGCCAUCAACAGCCAGCCAUCAACAGCCAACCAUCAACAGCCAACCAUCAACAGCCAACCAUCAACAGCCAACCAUCAACAGCCAGCCAUCAACAGCCAACCAUCAACAGCCAACCAUCAACAGCAACCAUCAACAGCCAACCAUCAACAGCCAACCAUCAACAGCCACCAUCAACAGCCACCAUCAACAGCCAGCCAUCAACAGCCAACCAUCAACAGCCAACCAUCAACAGCCAACCAUCAACAGCCAACCAUCAACAGCCAGCCAUCAACAGCCAACCAUCAACAGCCAACCAUCAACAGCCAACCAUCAACAGCCAACCAUCAACAGCCAACCAUCAACAGCCAACCAUCAACAGCCAGCCAUCAACAGCCAACCAUCAACAGCCAACCAUCAACAGCCAACCAUCAACAGCCAGCCAUCAACAGCCAACCAUCAACAGCCAACCAUCAACAGCCAGCCAUCAACAGCCAACCAUCAACAGCCAACCAUCAACGGAAACAGUGCUGGAAGACACUGUUUCACUCUGCCACCUUCGAGACCAAGACGGAAUACCCAACAUACACUGCCCAGAGGGGUGCUUGCCCAUUAGUCUCUGA